AUGAUUAUGGGAGGACUGAGUUAUUUAAAAAUAAAUCCUAUAAUUUAUUUUUACAAUAGAGAUGAAUCAAUUAGAUAAUUCUCAUUUAGUGAAAUAAAUAAAUAUUUAUAGUUAAGUGGGGAAGAUAAAUUUAGAAAUCCAUGUAUUCUUUUUAAAGAAAGAACGAAAUCUGUUAUAAUGGUUAGGGAUUUAAUAUUUCAUAGAGUAGCUCUUUUUUCCAUGAUGAUAACAAUGACUAUUUAAACAAUUCCUUAACUUUUUAUUUAAGGAUUUUAUAACACACAAAUAGGAUUAUGGGAUGCGUUUAAUGUGUUUAGUUUUUUAUUUUAAUAUUUAACUUAAUCUAUUACUUUUUCGAAUAACAAUUUAUUGUAUUCACUAUAACCUAUAGAUUAAUGUAAACAGAAUUAUAAUUUAAGUUAAAAAAAAUCAAAUUAAAAUUCAUUUAAAAAACAAAAUAAUUGUUAAAAUCUAAUUAAAAAUAUAUGGGAUUUGUGGAAUCAUUUUAUUUCCAUAUUGAUCCAAGUAGAUUCACCCCUUAUUAAAAAAAAAGAUGUAUGAUUUAAAUAAUAAAAAGCUUAAUUAAAUAGAAAAAAUGUAAAAAUGUUUAAUUUCAUUUUAUUGAUUAAUAUGAAGAUAUUAGUUUGAAUAUUUAGCCAAUAGAUUAAAAUAGAAAGAGUAAGUCUUUUAUACCAUGAUUAAAAUCGCUUAAGAUUUUUGUAGAAUAUAUUUUAGAAUAUUCCAAACUUAGUUUUUGAAUUUUAACAUUACUAAAAUCUUGAUAUUUUAUGGGAUUCUGAAAUACUGGAUCCUAAUGCAGAAGAGGAGAAAGUAUAAGGGAUAUCAUUUAUUGAAAUCCAAAAAUAACUGCUGGUUGGUAAGCAGUAAGAUAAAAUUAAUCUAUUUAAAGGAAUUACAUAAAAAUAUCUGAAGAAUUUUGAUCAUUGAUUCCAAUAACUGACUAAAGAGGAUAAUUUAGAGGAGGCAAUAGGUUGAUUGUUAUUUAAUAAUAAUAUUAAAAAUUAGCAGAAACGUCUUAAGAAAUUAUUGAAGAAGCAAUGAUAGAAAUUAAUACUAUAAUAAAAAAAACCCUAUUUUAAUAGACAGUUAGGAAUAUUAAAUUUUUUUUGACUUUAUACGAUUAUUAUCAAACCUGGAAUAAAUUGAAUUGGUUUUAAUUUAAGUAUUAAAAUUAUUUGGUCAUUGUGAAAUGUGGCUUUGUAAAUAGUUUCUAUCAUCUAUUUGAGUGAGGAAAAUGAUAUGUUUAUAAUUCAUUAAUAAUUUUAACUUCAAUUAAUCCAAUUUUAUAGAUGGUGUCAUUUGCAGUAUUUUAAAAAGUAUUCUAAACAUUUAAUGUCUUAAGUGUUUUUAUUUGGAAUAUUUAACUUUUUCAAGGUUUGGGAUAUAGUUAUGAUUUGUUUAUUUUUACUUCUAGAUAGAUUCCGUUAAGUUGUUAAAGAGAGUUUAGUUCUGUUGCAUACAUAAAGUUCAAAAAUUAUGCCUCAAAAUUUAAGGCAGCUUAGCCACCUUGGUAUUCAGUUUAAUAUGGUAGCGAUUGAUAUGAAGAAUUUUUUAGAAAUUAUAAAUUAACCAUUCUAUUAGGCUGUAGUGUGGAGAACAAAUGUUGAAGAAGCUUUGAAUAAGAUUCCUUAGUUUUUUGUCUAUAUUUUAUCAUUAUCAUCUAAAGAAGUUACUGGAACAUGGGUUAUAUCUUUUAUUUAACAAAUGAAAGAAAGUAUAUUUGCAAUAUUAUUUUAUUCCAGCUUUAAUUUUUGAGCACAGUUUCAGUGGAUUAAUUUUUUUAAUCAAUUUUGUAUUUAAGCUCAAUAUCAAAUUAAAUUCUAUUGGAAUAUCCUAAAUCCUUUUAAAUUGUUUCAAUAGUUAAGGAAAAGUAUUUAAAAGAAAAAUUUACUUUUAAAAUUAAGCUAAAAACAUUAAUUUUUUCUAAUUAUGUAGAUUAAAAAAAAAAAGUUUUUAGCUUAAUUUAGAUAUGUUCUUGCUUCAAUAACAAUCAAUUUUGGAAAUUGAUUAAGCAUAAAGAUUAUUUUUUAUGGGACCUGGAUUAAAUGAUUUAAUAAGAUGUUUAAAAGUGAGUCCACUAUAUUAAUUAAAUUGAAUUUUUAUUUAAACGAAGUUGAUCCCGCCCAUAUUCCUCAUAUUAAUGCAAUUCUUAGUAAUAGUCCAUAAAAAUUACAAUUUUUACAACUCCAAAUAGAAUCUACUAUCGUAUAGUCAAUGUAAAUUGUUGUUGAAAGACAAAGUUUUCUAAAAGCCUUUUCUUUUUCAUACUAUUAAAUUACACCAUAACACAAUAAUAGAGCUGCAAUAGCUUAAUAAACAAAUUUUAAUGUAGAUGAAUAAUUUUUAAGGUUAGAUAGGUACGAUUUCGAUUAAUUUUAUUUUGAAGUUUCAGGUAAUGUCAUUUUAAAUGAUUGCCAUACAUUAUUUCAAAAGUUCUCUAAGUUGAAAUUUUUCAGGGCAUCUAUUUUAAAUAAUGCAACCCUUAGAUUUUUUAAUUUUAAACAAAUUUAAUAAGCACAUAAUUAAAAACUCUGGAUAUUACUUUUGAAAAUAUUUAUUUAGAUUUUUAGCAAUACUAUUUUUAAAAUCUCACAGGAUUAAAAAUGAUUUUGAAAAGGUGUUUAUUUGUGAAAAAUGAACUCAAGAGAUUAUUAUAUAGUUUAAAUAAUUCUACAAUAUAUGUGCAUAUCGAUAUGUCAUUAUAAGGCUUAUAAGCUUUUACACCAAGUGAAUAGAAAGACUUAGUAGAAAGAUUAGAAAGAUAAUAAAAUGAUGUUUUCAUAAAAAUUUGA